UGCGGAGAGCUGGCUGGGCUGGCUGGCUGGCUGCGGGGCUGCUGGAUGGAGAAGUGAUGCUGGCUACAUGGAGACUCGCGCAGCGCAGAGGCUGCGGGAAGACAAAGGCUGGCUACGGGAGCCGGAGCUCCGCUGAAGCCUCGGCGCCGCUAAACCAGGCGAAGGCAGCCCAGCCCCACCGGUAAAAAGCAUACAGAUUCAGCAGCAUGCAACAAAACCCACUUUGAUAUUAAAAGUUAGAAAUGCUCAAGUAUGGCAGACGUUGAAGAACUACUGGCAUUAUGGAUGCGGCAAAGCCAUGGCAUGACAUCCGAAAUUUAAACAGAAGCAACUUGAGGAUAGACUAUGUACUUCUGAACAAAAGGCUCUGCUGGAGAUUAUCAUUUAAUCUGCGGUUGAAUCCAUAUGGCGGAUCUGUGAAGAAAUUUGGCCUGAUCCUGCUAUCAGUAUGAAAUAACAUCUCAUCCCCAAGACAUGGAAGCUAUCAUUAGAAUGGACAAGAAAACACACCCCUCUUAAAAACUUUUCAAGGAUUUCUAUGAGCAAAUGCCAUGCUGUUAUUGUGUCAAACUUUUAAGAUCUGAAAAAUAACAUGCUGCCUCUGUCGGACCAAGUGAAGCAAGUGGCAAGAAGACAAUUGGUUCAUUCUGUUGAUUAGAAGAGCUUCAGGAACAAUGCCUUCAAAAGUCUCGUGUUUAUAUGUCUUGACAGUUGUAUGUUGGGCAAGUGCUUUGUGGUACUUAAGCAUAACACGUCCCACUUCCUCCUACACCUCAUCUUACACUGUUCACAAAACUUAUGACAGCAUCUCAAUGGCUCGAAAAAAUGUUUCCUUUGGGAACAUAAGGACUCGUCCAAUAAACCCUCAUUCAUUUGAAUUUCUCAUAAAUGAGCCAGAGAAGUGUGAGAAGAAUGCUCCCUUUUUGGUUAUUCUAAUCAGCACAACACACAAAGAGUUUGAUGCUCGGCAAGCCAUCCGGGAGACAUGGGGAGAUGAGAACAACUUCAAAGGCAUUAAGAUUUCCACUCUUUUUCUUCUGGGGAAAAACACAGACUCUGUGUUAAACCAGAUGGUUGAGCAAGAAAGUCAAAUUUUUCACGACAUCAUUGUGGAAGAUUUCAUCGACUCGUAUCAUAACCUGACCCUGAAAACGUUAAUGGGAAUGAAGUGGGUGGCCACAUUUUGUUCAAAAGCCAAGUAUAUCAUGAAAACAGACAGCGACAUUUUUGUAAAUAUGGACAACCUCAUUUACAAGUUGCUCAAACCGAACACCAAACCAAGACGAAGGUACUUUACUGGCUACGUCAUCAACGGAGGCCCCAUCAGGGAUGUCCGGAGCAAAUGGUACAUGCCUAGGGACUUGUAUCCUGACAGCAACUAUCCGCCAUUUUGCUCAGGCACAGGCUAUAUAUUUUCUGCCGAUGUGGCAGAGAUGAUUUACAAAACUUCCCUCCAUACUAGACUCCUUCAUCUUGAGGACGUGUAUGUGGGACUCUGUCUGCGGAAGCUUGGCAUCCAUCCUUUCCAAAACAGUGGCUUCAAUCACUGGAAGAUGGCCUACAGCCUGUGCAGAUACCGGCGUGUUAUUACGGUACAUCAAAUAUCCCCUGAGGAAAUGCACAGGAUUUGGAAUGAUAUGUCCAGCAAGAAGCAUCUCAGAUGUUAAGACUUUUUGAGAUGUAAAUACUUUGGUUCUUGUUAUAUGAAUAGAGAGCAAACAGACAAUGGGGUGUUCACUUCUAGGAGGAAAAACCUUCAUAAUAAUUUGGGUUUGGCUGGUCUUCCCAGCUAUAACUUCUGGUUUACAAACUGCAGGUCCUAACAUAAUGGUGUUAUUUCAUAUCAGUCCAAACAAACAAAAGAGGCAUUUGUCUUGUCUAGUCUAUCAAGUGUAUGCAUAGGAAGAUGAGCGUAACAAGCAUACCAUAAAAAUUCAUUCCCAUUAGAAAGUCAGAAAGGAACCCUUCUCUAAGGCGAUGGUGGAUCAUUGGUUCUGAGGAAAAUUCAUCCUCACUGAAAUUAAUUUUAAAAAAUGCAAACUGAAAUGGUGCCAUGAUAGACUUCUAUUCCAAAUUAGAUGCCAAUUUAGCCUCAAAGUGUAGUUAGCACUUAGCACUUAGACUUAUAUACUGCUUCACAGUGCUUUACAGUCCUCUCUAAGCGGUUUACAGAGUCAGCCUAUCACCCCCAACAAUCUGGGUCCUCAUUUUACCCACUUCGGAAGGAUGGAAGGCUGAGAGUCAGCCUUGAGCCAGUGAGAUUUGAGCGGCUGAACUGCAGCUAGCAGUCAGCUGAAGUAGCCUGCAGUACUGCACUCUAACCACCUCGGCUCUUAUAGUUGUCAGGAUAAAGUUUUUGCUAUGACAGGAUUCAGAAUGAAUCUUUGCAGAUUUCCAUCCAUGCAUCAUUCCUUCCGAUGACCCUACCAUUUCCCCCUAAAUUCAGACAUGAGUAACAGCUGAACUAAUAAAUGGACUGUAGCUAAAAGUAAUUUGUUUUAAAAGGUACUGUUUUAUAUAUAGAACCAUUUCAGUGUUUGAACACAAGCCUUUUGGAUCCCUAUCUCCUCAUUUAAAAACCCUACUUCCACUUAGCAAAAGUAGGCCCUAUUGAAAUCAACUGGACCUCCUUUGAUUAACUAUAAAUAGUAUGGACAAACCAACAACCGCUGGAACAGUGCCAGAGACCAAAGGAAAUGUCUAAUUUUCCCCAGUAAGAUUGGAGAGAGAUUGACUUCAGAAUAGGAAACCUGAGGUUGGAUCCUUCUUAACUGUCAUUGUAAAUAACAUCCAAGACCAGCUGAUCAAAACUCUUGGAAAUCUUAGACAAGAUUUUUAAAGGAGUUUUAAAGGAGUUGGUCCAUGAAGUGUAGCAAGGGACAAUAGAACCUAUAUUCUUUACCACUACUUUCCAUCCUGUGGAAGAGGGAAUUUAAAAAUACGUUGAUACAAACAUCUUUCUCUCUUUCCUACUGUUUUUAAAAGCAUGGAGAUCACAUACUCUUCACAGUUGGGUAGGCUAACCAGUUGGGUAGGCUGCCCCAAUUUAAAAUAUUCUCCAGAUUGUAGUAAUAUAUAAUUUUCUUCAUUGUAACAACCUUGCCAAAUGCAAGACCUACUCCUUGCCAUCUAUAAACGAAGGUGUCAAAAGGUAUUGGUAAUAAUGUCAAGUUAGUGAUGAAGAGAUGUUUGAAACCUCACAUGUGUUUAAAGGGGGAAAUUGCUAAAUGCUGUCAUUACUUCCCUUUUAACAAUUGAAGUACUUGCUUUUAAUGUUGUUUACUAAUUGAAAAUCAACGGUGCCAUUUUAUUUGCAGGAAUAGUGUUUAAAAAAUCAGUAGAAAUGCCGCAUAACUAAGGAAGGAAUUAACGUUACUGUGAUGUAACCAAAUGCUAAUAAACAAUAUGUGUAAUUAUGGAUUGGAAGAUAAGAAAGUUCACAGCCAAAAUUCUGAAUGGAACACUGUUAAAAACAUAGUUUAUUGCAACAUCUAUGGAGAUUCUCAGUCACCCAGGUCAUGGUUGUCCCAAAGGUGCUUUUUUCAAGAGGCAACUGGAGUUUUAGGUUUUUCUUUGAAGAUGUUUCACUUCUCAUCCAAGAAGCUUCUUCAGCUCUGACUGGAUGGACCAGAAAGUCCACUUACCUCUUGAAAAAAAGUAUCUUUGGGACAGUUUAUUGCAACACUUUGUUUUUUAAGGAGCUCAUGUGUAUUUUUGAUUAUAAAGAAUGCCCACUGGAAUUAUAGAUCUGUCUGCUGUAAAGAAGAGUGGGGGAGGGAACUAAAAGCUUCAUGAGUUAAAUAGGAAAUUAUUUAUUUCUCAUUUGUGCCCUUCCAAAUGGCUUUAUCAAUAGUAACAUUUGAAAUCGACAAGCAUCACAAUUCGACAGACGUGCUGGUAUUUUAUUCAUUUACAAUACAAAACUCCAUUUGACAUUAUGGACAGUGGUAAUGCAUAGUAUUUUAAAAGCCAAAAGAUACCAUGUUUAUGGACCCCAAGUUCAGUUUGGUGACUGACUUAUUCUCCAAAGCACCAGAGGGGCAGGACAAGAAGUAACAUGUGGUAGAAGCUUAUUACAGAGUGAUCCAACCUAGAAGUAAGGAGAAAUGUUCUGACAGUGACAGCAAUAACUCAUUGGAACAGCUGGCCUCCUGGGGUUGCAGUAUUCCAUUACUGGAGAUCUUCAAAAAUAGAGUGGACAACCAUUUGACCGGGAUAGUAUAAGGAUAUUGUUUAUCCAUCGAUUGGGUAGCCUUUGAACAUUUCCUUCUUUGGCUAUCCAAAUUAUUGAUGGCAACUCAGACUUUGCCAGUCAACUUGUUUCAAAGGGAAGGCAACAGGACAUUAUACUAACUCUUUGAAUCCUCUCUACUGUAGUCACUUCUUUCCCUUCCCAUAUACCUAAUGUGGUGAUUUUAAUCAGAAUGAAUAAGAGGACUAAUUCCUUGAGAUGAGUAGAAAGCCGCAGUGACUGAAUGCAUCCUGAACCAUAAGACCUCUUUUAAGUACCCUUUGUUCGAUUUUUGGGACAUCUUACUCCAUUAGACUGAUAGCAUCUUCUUGAACAGGCUUACAAUAUGAUUGGAUUAAAUCAUAAUUCAUGAAUACCGGAGAUGUCUAAGAACACCUUCAUUAAUACCUACUAAGUUCCCAACCCUCCUUGACAUAUACGCAUGUCUAGGAAUGCUUUAGAGCCCAGCACAAGCCUAUACACUCCCAUAUUUUGUUCCAUCGUAU